AUGGUGGAGGCGGACAUGUGUGGGAUGCACAAGCUCAUGGAUGACCUGAGCCUGGCUAAGGCUGACCUGGAAGCCCAGCAGGAGUCCCUGAAGGAGGAGCUGCUCUGCCUCAAGAAAAACCACGAACAGGAAGUGAGCAUUCUGAGGAGCCAGCUGGGGGACAAGCUCCAGAUUAAGCUGGACGUUGAGCCCACCGUGGACCUGAGCAGGGUGCUGCAGGAGAUGCGGUGCCACUAUGAGGCCCUGGUGCAGACCAACCACAAUGAUCUGGAGGAGUGGUUCCAAGAUCAGUCUGAAAGCAUCAGCCAGCAGGACAUGUCCUGCUCCGAGGAGCUGCGGUGCUGCCAGUCGGAGAUCCUGGAGCUGAGACGCACGGUGAACGCCCUGGAGGUGGAGCUUCAGGCCCAGCACAGCCUGAAAGACUGUCUGCAGAAUUCCCUGUGUGAGGCUGACGCCCGCUUCGGCACCGAGCUGGCCCAGAUGCAGAUCCUGAUCAGCAACGUGGAGGAGCAGCUGUCCGAGAUCCGGGCUGACCUGGAGCGACAGAACCAGGAGUACCAGGUGCUGCUGGACGUCAAGGCCCGGCUGGAGUGCGAGAUUGCCACGUACCGGAAACUUCUGGAGAGCGAGGACUGCAAACUCCCCUGCAAUCCUUGCUCCACCGCUGCCUCCUGUGUGACUACCCCCUGUGCCCCUCGUCCAAGCUGCACACCCUGCACCACCACUUGUGUGCCUGGGUCAGCCUGUGGAGCCAGUACUGGGAGCCGGUUCUGAAUGUCCAUGCACCAGCAGGGGUGGUUAAAGUGAGGGGAUGCCCAAUGAGAAAUGUUUAUUAUACAUCCAGGCACUAUGGUUUCUUACUGUUGUUGACUUUCUGCAUGCAGAGGCCUUUCCAAAGGCCACAAGAUAUCAGGAGAAGUGGAAUCUUGGUUGAGAGCCUUCCUUCUCAGCUCUGGAUUUUCCCAGAUUAGUUCCAUGACCUCAGUGGCUGGAUCCCA